AUGCUCGCUGCUGAAUCAUUCGAUCGAAUGCACUUCAACAUGAUGCGGCAGGGCAACGCUGGUCUCAGGGGUAGGCUGAAGCCCCAUCAUGCCAAAGCUUUGCUCAGAGACAAGGGUCAGCUUGUUCAGAUGGCCAGGAUCAAUGAACAUGCCGCUGGCAAGAGAAAGGCUGCUCCAAAGCAAGGUGGUCUGACCAAAGCCAAGCUGUUGGACCCACUCACAAGCUUCGCAGACAUGAAGGGUUGGGCCAGGGUCCUGGGAAAGCCCAUCCCAAAGACAAAGCCGAAGAUGCAGGAGACUCUGCUGCAGUGCUUUGAGGGCAAGCCAGAAGACCAUGUGUUCCACUCCCACUAG